AUGCUCUCCACGUGUGCGGGAGUACCAUUUGUAUCUGGCGAAAGUAUCUAUCGUUUUAAAUACUUUUCAGUGUGGACAGUUAAAAAAGCAAGAAAUAAGAUGAGAAAACCUUUGAAAAUUAAAUUUUUAGUUACAUACUUGUUUUCAUUGAUAUUUAGUGGUGCAGUAAAAGUAACCAUGGCUUAUUCACAGCUGGAUUCUUAUAAUUUUGAGUCUAACCAGGGCACAAGCAGCAGCAUACGUAUCGGUUUGAUCUCCGAUUUCAAUACUGAACAUUUACGCACUGCAUUUGAGUUUGGAAUAUUCAAAGCGAACUCUGACUUAAGCGUUCCUCUAGUGGGAAUAACUGAAGAAAUCAAUUACGGAAACUCUCUUCAAGCAAAUGAUAAAUUAUGCCAAUUAAUGAAGGAUAGUAUUGGUGGGGUAUUUGCUCCAACAGCAAAACAUACUGCAGCUCAUCUCAUGCAAAUAUGUGAUGAUAAAGAUGUACCAUAUAUUUAUCCACGGAUGACUGACAAGUACGAUGGUUUUAAUUUAUUUCCUCAUCCAAUAGAUGUAGCAACUGCUUUACAUUCUAUCAUAAGUGCUUUCGAGUGGUCACGGUUUAUAUUUCUUUAUGAAUCCUCCAAUUAUCAUACGAUAUUAGAUGGACUAAUGUCAUUUUAUAGUAGCAAUGGACCAGCCAUAUCUGUUGUGCGUUAUGAUUUAAAUUUAAAUGGUAACUACAAACCCGUACUGCGUCGUGUUCGGAAAUCUGUAGAUAAUAGAAUUGUAGUUGUGGGGUCUACACCAUCGGUUGCUGAGCUUUUAAAGCAGGCACAGCAAGUCGGUAUGAUUAAUGAGGACUAUAAGUAUAUAAUCGGGAACUUGGACUUUCAAACUUUUGACUUGGAAGAAUUUAAAUAUAGUGAAGUUAAUAUUACUGGUUUCCGAAUGUUUUCAAUAGAUAACCCACAAAUACGAGAGUUAAUGGAUCGUUUAAAUGAAGAUAAACUUGCAAUGCAGUACGGAAAGCCCAAAGAAAAAACUAACGAAGAAGGAUCUUGUCCUAUAACAAUUGAUAUGGCAUUGACAUAUGAUGCCAUACAGGUAUUUGCUGAAACUACUAAGCACUUAAUAUAUAAUCCUCAACCACUUAAUUGCUCAGACACAAAUGAUAAUGUGCAAAAUGAUGGUUCAACUUUCGGAAAUUACAUGAAAUCGCUCGAUAUCUCAGAUAAAACUAUUACAGGCCGUAUUUACUUCGAAGGUAAUAUUCGUAAAGGAUAUACGUUUGAUGUUAUUGAAUUACAGCAAUCAGGAAUUGUUAAAAUUGGCACGUGGAACGAAUAUACCAAUUUAACUAUUGAACGUCCUCCACUUAAAAAUUUGGUAAGCCAAACCAUUGAUGAUUCCCUAGUUAAUAAAACUUUCGUGGUGCUAAUAUCGGUUGAGACCAAACCUUAUGCCAGUUUAGUGAAAACUCAUAAAAAACUGGUGGGUAAUGAUCAAUACGAAGGGUAUGGAGUUGAUUUGAUAACUGAAUUAGCGGACAGAUUGGGUUUUAAUUUUACACUAGUGCCAGGUGGAAAUGAUUAUGGUACUUUCAAUAAAACAACUAAUGAAACAUCAGGAAUGUUAAAAAAAAUUGUGGAAGGUGAAGCAGACUUAAUCAUAACUGAUCUAACCAUAACUUCUGAACGCGAAGAAGUUAUUGACUUUUCUUUACCUUUUAUGAAUUUAGGCAUAUCAAUUUUAUUUGUAAAACCAAAAAAAACUCCUCCCGCUGUCUUUUCUUUCAUGGACCCUUUUUCUGAAGAAGUUUGGUGGUAUUUAGGUUUGGCCUAUUUGGGAGUAUCAUUAAGUUUUUUUAUAUUAGGUCGAUUGUCACCAACAGAAUGGGAUAAUCCAUAUCCAUGCAUUGAGGAACCCGAGGAAUUGGAAAAUCAAUUCACAGUAAAUAAUUCCUUAUGGUUUACUACAGGAGCACUUCUGCAACAAGGUUCGGAAAUAGCGCCCAAGGCGCUUUCUACACGAACUAUUGCCUCUAUAUGGUGGUUUUUUACACUAAUUAUGGUCUCAUCUUACACAGCUAAUUUAGCUGCCUUUCUGACUAUAGAAAACCCUACCAGUGUUAUUAACGACGUUAAAGAUUUAUCUGAAAACAAGGGUGAUGUUCAAUAUGGCGCUAAAAGAACGGGAUCCACCCGUGCUUUUUUUGCAACAUCAGAGGAAGAAAUUUAUAAAAAAAUGAAUGAGUACAUGACAAAGAACCCAGGUUACCUUACUGAUGGUAAUGAGGCUGGUGUUCUUCGCGUAAAAAGUGAAUCCAAUUAUGCAUUUCUAAUGGAAUCAACUUCAAUCGAAUAUAAUACUGUACGCGAAUGUAGUCUUAUGAAAGUUGGAGAUCCUUUAGAUGAGAAAGGCUAUGGCAUUGCAAUGAAAAAAAAUUGGCCUCACCGUGACAAAUUCAAUAAUGCAAUGUUGGAACUGCAAGAACAGGGAGUACUUGCACAAAUCAAAACCAAAUGGUGGAAUGAGAUCGGUGCUGGUGUGUGUGAAUCUAAAACCGGAUCAGGAGAUGCAUCUGAAUUAAAUCUGCACAAUUUAAGUGGUGUCUUCUAUGUUCUAGUAGCAGGAAGCUGCUUUUCAGUAGUUUUUGGUGUUGUACAAUGUUGCAUAGAUGUCGGGAAGAAAGCAAACUAUUACCAAGUACCAUUUACGGCUGCUCUCUUUGAGGAAUUUAAGAAUGUGGUACAUUUUUCGAAUAACGAGCGCACAUUGAAGAGCGCUACAUCAGUUUACUCACGCAGCAGGAACUCUUCAAUGUCAAUAAAUUCUCUGGAAACCGACUCUGAUAAAACAGCAACAAAAUAAUGAAUUUCUUAAAUUUAAU